GAAUGAAUUUAUGCCGGUCUAUUUAGUAACGCGUCAAUUUGGCGCGAGAAAGGUUGUGGGGGAGGUUACAUUGGAAACUUAUUGAAAAGCGCGCGAAUUAUAUUCUCGGGUUAUCUGUGACUGUGAAAAUUAAAAAGUUAAUUGAAUCUUUAUGUUUUUUUUGCUGGUUGAUUAUACUAGCGUCUAUUUUUUUGUGUUGUGAUGUGAGUUUUAUGAAAGAUGCGUUAGAAUUAUCAAGAACAAACAAUAGAGAUAAGAUUUGUCCUAGACUGAACUUUGGAGACACGUGAGAUGAAACGGACUAAAAAUAAUUCAUCUUAACUUUGGCCUGUUUUAGAUGUAGAAGAAUAACGAAGUGAUUGCUGAACCAUGGAGACCAUUAAAACUUGCAGCAGAUAUCGAAGGAGGCACGCAGAUGUGCUGAAAUCCAGCCUUAUAUUCGUGGCAGUCUCACUGGCCUGUGUCAAUUCGCAAGACAUAACAGCUUGCUGCGACAAAGCCGAGGGGACGUGUCGCAGUGUUUGUGACAAGAUGUCUUUGGUGGAGAUAGCAUCAAAUGCGUCCACCUUUGAACAAAUGGUCCCAAACAUCUACAGAUUUUGCACACCACGCUUAAUUGAAUUUUGGAUUUGCAUGAACAAGACUAUCCAAGCAGAAGUGGUGUCAGGGUCCGGGUGGUGGGGCCGCGCGUGCUGCUCGCUGGGCCGCCUGACGUCAUGCCGGCACGCAUGCGCGAUGGCCGCCAACGAGAGCUCGCUGGUAGGCGCGGGCGCAUGUCGCAGGUCCGAUGAGAUCGCGUUUUUCGAUUGUGUGCAGAAGCAGGAGGAGGCUCAGAGAUGCUGUUCGCAGACGCAAUCCAUGACGUGUCACGAAGAGUGUCAGAAAGCUCUAUGGCGUCUCGGCCAAUCUAAAGUAGACGUGCAAGCCAGGGCCACGGCAUUACAGUCAUGUGAGGAGUCGCCUGAUCUGAUGAAAUGUUUGAGGGACCUCACAGAUUCGGUGAUAUCCACGGAUACUGCUAAAUAUUUGCCAUGUUGUCGCGAAUCAAACCGUCAAGAAUGUCAGCCGACUUGCGAGCGCGUGCUACGAAGUACAGGAGUAUUGCAGGAGAUUAUGGAAGCAUUGGAGGUUGACUGCGGAGCUCCAGUCAUACUGGAUGGCUUCUGGCAAUGCUUUUUGAAGAAGGACGCCCCGCCCGAACCUAAGGAUCUCAUCCCACAUGAUAUAGCCAAACUGCAUUGCUGUCAGAAGGCCGUGACAAUAAACUGUCGAAGAUUAUGUUUCGAGACGUUCAACACCGGUUGGCAAACUAACUGGCAAAAGUUCUACGCGGAGUGUUUGGGCGAUCCCCAGGAGAUCUCGCUCUCUGAGUGUAUGGACGAUGUGGACGCGCCGUGUUCUCUCGGCUGUGGUGGUCUGACAUACUGCAGUCAGCUCAAUAGUCGUCCCACGACGCUGUUCAGAUCGUGCACUGCGCAGGCUGAUCUCGAGGCACAUCUUGCAGUAGCUGAGCAGAAGGGGAGUGGAGUUUUGAUCAUUUCGGGAAUGGAGCUGCCUCUGAAAAACUCCAGUCAGUGUCCUAUCGAUAUUUGGAAGAGCGUCGCUUGCGCGUUACAUGUCAAACCUUGUACAGCAAAGGGUCACAGCAGUCUCCUAUGUGCAGAAGAAUGUGCUCGUCUAGUAUCGUCAUGUGUGGAAUGGUCACGGGCGCCAGCUUCACUGAACGCGCGGGCGCUGUGUGCUCGCCUCACGCCGCCCGACGCUAAUGCUCCAUGUGUACCGCUACACCAGUUCAUGUCACCUAGUACAGAAGCCCCCUUACUAUCAGCUAAGGAAGUAGUGACGUCACCGUGCUCCGGGUCUCCGUGCACCCCGCCACAGACUUGCGUCAUCAACAGGAACUGUUUGCACGGCGGCUCCUGUCCACGGUACUAUUGCGUCGAUGGAUGCCCUCUUGGAGACAGUUCAUCACAAAUAGUACCAGUUGGAUCAUGGGUACGUGUACCGAUGCAGUCCUCUAUUCGCAAGGCAUGUUUCAAGAUCUGCCGCUGUGGCCUCAAGGGACUGAUGGACUGUCAACCAUUGCCUUGUGUUGAACUUGAGAAUUGUCAGCUGCACGAUAGAGAAGUUAAACAAGGCGAGAAGUACUACAUGGAGUGUAACGCAUGUUCGUGUCGAGGCGGGGAGCGAGUAUGUGCCCGCCGAGCGUGUGGCCGCGCCGCGCUGCCGUGCUACUGCCCGCCGCACCACCUGCCCGUCAGGGCCAAGCACACCAUGUACCCCAACGCGUGCCUCGCCAAAUGUGCGGGCGCGUCGGACGGCGAGCUGGAGUUCGGCGCGAGCUCGGUGUGCGCGGGCGCGGGCUGCGGCCGCCGGCACGUGUGCAUGCCCAAGCCUAACGUGUGUCUGUCCCGCCUGCAGACUGCCUGCCCGCAGUACCAUUGUGUGAGCACAGUGAACUGCAACGCCCAAUCAGGACAGCCGGUAUGCGACACGGACGGACACAGCCACGCGACGCCGUGCCACCUCGUCAUGAGCGGCAGGAAGUUCGCCUACUGGGGCAACUGUCUGCACGGAUGCUCUGCUGCGGGUCCAGUUUGUGGCGUGAACGGAGUGUCGUACAUCUCCGAGUGCGCGGCCUGGGCGGAGUACGUCAGCGUGGACUACGCCGGGCCCUGCCUCGCCGUCGGACCCAUCUCCGACCUCAUGGAGCCCAAGUGUGCCCUCAUCGACAGGAUCAACUGCCCCCCACUCAAGAAACCCAACUGCCUUGGCUUCACUGCCCCCGGUGCAUGCUGCCCAAAGUGCGGAGGAGCCCUAAGAAUACUUUAUUCCAAGAAACAAAUCGAUAGAGCGCUAUACGGAACAAACAUUUCCGCCAGCGUCAUAAACCUCAACAAUAUUUUAAGAGCUCUAGAGAGACAUGUCAAGAUAGCCGAGUGUGCUCUCAGAGGGUACCUCACUAUUGAAAUGGAAAUAUUCGUCACAGUUGAAACGAUGUUGGAAAACCCAACUGAUUUACAACUCAAUGUGUGUAUUCUAGAAGCUGAGAAGAUCGCAGACAUGAUAAACAGAGAGAGUGUGUUGAUUACCAGUGAUUUAGGUUUAAGCUCGUUAGCGUAUGCGCUCACCGUGCACACGUACCCCACUCAAGGUGCUAGUACUGUAAGUCUAUCCAUAGCUGCGUUAAUAGCAAGUUUAUCUAUCUACGUUUUGAGGUAGAAAUAUUUAGCAUUUAAUAAUGUAUAUUUGUACAGUAGUUGUAAAUAUUGAACGUUUUAAAUGUAAUUUUUAGUGCCAUCGUUAGAAACGUAUACAAAGAAUUCAGAGAUUAUGCUUUGGUUUGCUUUAAAAUCAGGCACAAAUUAUUUAGUCAUGUUCAUAACGUGAGUUCGUUGUGCCAUUGUAGUUGUAAUGAGAUAAUGUCUUUGACUUAUACAAAUAAUAUAAUGCACGAUAGACUGCAAGAAGCAUUUUUAUAACAUUUUUACAAAAGACAUUUUUAUAAAGUACUCGUAGUCUUUAAACCAAAUAUGUAUUACAAAUAUUACUUUGUUAUAAAUUUUUAGAUGUUUAGCUAUUUUAAAAAUGUGAAUAUUGUUUACAAGCUAUUAUUGAAAUAAAAAUCACCAUUAUGA